CGUCCCGCGCGACUAGCUCCUCUGCGUUCCCAGGUGAUCUCCUAGCUCCGCCUAGUCUAUCGCCCUACCGGCUGUGUCGCUCCUCUUACGUUCCGCAUCGUCCCGUGUGGUACGCCUCCGCGGCCGCCGCUCGUCUGCGCCGUUUGCAGGUUGGGCCAGCGCGAAACCCAUCCCUAAGGGCUCGUUUGGUUCCUCGGAAUCCCCCCGGGAUCCCGGCCCAAUACCCGGUGUUAGAAUCCACGGGGCACUUUAGCUCUGGGUAGCCCACUGGCGCAUUUGGCUGCCCUCCAUCCCGUGUCUUUUCGGCCCCAUCCUGCCAUCCACGCCGUUUCCGCGGGGAAAGAAUCCGCGUGUGGGGACGUCGGGGAGAAAACCUCGUCUCUCUCCUCGCUCUCUCGCGCCUGCGCUAAUCCUCUCUCUCUCUCGCUCGCACGAACUCCUCCCCCUCCCUCUGUCCCGCGUCGCUCCUAACGCCGCGUCCUAGAGCAUACCCGGCGGCCCUUCAAUUCCUUCACUGCGACGACCCGGCGGCGGCCCCUCUGUUUCUUCCCUGCUGGAUCCGGCGCCGACCCGUCCUCCUGUCUCUUCCCUACACAGAUCCGGCGGCGGCUCCUCCUACAAUUUCUUAUCUUCACGAUCAGGCGGUAGUUCCUCCUCCAACAGCUUCCUUGUGCAGAUCCAUGGCGGCUCCUCUUCUAUGAGCAUCCCUUUUUGAUUGCAUAUGCCACUAGCUUCCUUGUAGAAUUUCUUCCCUACCUCCAUGGUCAUUUCGUCAACAGGGAUGCUUGAGAUUUCCCCGAUGGUGGGAGGGGAUCCCGUGUGCUCUUAAAAAUCCCCGCUAGGGCUUUGUUUCCCAGGCUUUUAUUUCCCUCACAACCAAAUGAGCCCUAAGAUGGGAAGAGGCGACGGAGAGAAAGAAGGCAAACGCCGCCGCGGCCGCAGCAGCAAGAGAUCUCGGGACGCCUCACCAUCAUCUGACUCCGAUUCUUACCCUUCCUCGGCUUCCUCCCCCGGCCGUAGUCUCGAGCACCGGAGCCAUAGCGGCAGCAAGCACAGAAAGUCGUCCAACUCGUCCCAUCGCCAACAUCAUCACCACAAAAGCAGUGGCCGCUCACACUGUUCCCGCGACGAAAACCGUCGCCGCCGCCGUAGGAGACGCAGGGAUGAGGGGCGGGUACAGCGCCAUGGCGAUGCCAGUGACUUUUCUGGAUCAGGUUCAGAGGAUUCAGAUAAUGAGGAGGCGCGGCAGAUUGUGCGCGGCAUUCUCAGUGAAUUCCCAGCUGUUGCUGGUGAGCUUUGUCAGCUCCUUCAAAUGAUAGAUGGCGGUGAAGGCAUUGAUAUUUCUGGAAUAUCUGACAAGCCAUUGGUGAAGCGCCUGAAGAAACUUUUCAGAUCGCUGAAGCUGAAAGAAAGUUCAAAUGGAGCUUACUUGCUACCACCAAAAAGAGUUCCUACUCUUGAUAUUAUUGGACCAAUAUUAUCAGGAAGUGCUAAAUGUGGGGAUGAUCAAAAUGAGAAUGCGAUGUUACAGAAGAGACAACAACUACUGUCAUCUAAUUUUGAUGUACAAAAUAAAGAUGAUUUCCCUCCUGCACACGGAGGAAAAGUUGACAGGGAAGAUGACACCCCGAAAAAGAGGGUAAUUGGUCCUGCAAUGCCAUCACGUGAGUUACUAGCUGCAGCAGCUGAAAUGACAGAGGCUCUUAGGUGCCGGGAUGCUGAAUUGGAAGCUGAUAAUGAUUCUCUUAUAGGACCUCCACCACCUGCCAUGGUUGCUGAAGCUGCAUCUGCAAAUGAAGCUGAGCGAUUUGAAGAGGUUACUCGAAUAUUGGGUGCUGAUGCAGACGCGCUCUAUGAUGUUCUGGGCAUAAACUGGAAGAUGUCAUCUGAGAACAUUAAGAAAAGGUAUUGGAAGCUAUCUCUUUUAGUGCAUCCAGACAAGUGCCCCCAUCCUUCAGCUCAGGAGGCAUUUGUAAAGUUGAACAAUGCUUUCAAAGACUUACAAGACCCCGGAAAGAGAGGUGUGAUAGAUGAGAAGAUAAAAAAGAAAGAGGAGAUGGAACAAUUUGAGGUUGAGCUUAAAGCAAUGCGUGAGGCUGCAGAAUGGAGACGGUUACAAGGUAUAUCUCUUGAGGGUGAUGAAGAACUUUUGGCCGCUCCAAAACAGCCACAAGAACCACCUACACGGGAUGAAUGGAUGACCACACUGCCACCUGAAAGAAAAGCUGGAGUACCAAUGCAUUCAACUACGUCAUUCAGUAUGAAUGGUAAAGAAGGACGUGGUGACACAAGUGUUUGGACAGAUAGUCCUCUUGAUAGAGCCCAAAAGGCACAGCAGAACUACUUAGAGGCCUAUAACAAAGCGAAAGCAAUUGCAGAUGGAUAUGAAGACAAGGGCAAAAGCUCAGAUGCUUCUCUUGUAGAUAAAUACAACUCGUCCAAGAGAUCAGUAUCUCUUGUGCAGAAGCACCGAGAGAGCAAAAAGGAGAAAAAGAAGCAUAAGCAACGAGAUAAAGAAGGAUGGGAGGAAAAUCACCCAUGGAAGCCAUGGGAUCGUGAGAAAGAUCUGACUGCCGGGCGGCAGAAUGUGGCUUUAGAUCCAGAGAACAUGACUCAAGGAUUGUCGUCCCGUUUUUCAUCCGGAGCUGUGCAAAGGAACUUCCUCUGAGUAAUUUAGACGUAGCCGCAGAUGAGCAGUUGCCUAGCUGAUACUUGGUGUCGAAUGCCAAUGUUUUCUUUUCAUGAAAAUGUUGAAGUUGUUAGGGGCACAGAAACAGGAGAAUGCCAGAUUAGUUAUAUUCGAUAUAUCCUGUUGGGGUUGGCUUGUGCUUGUGAGCUGUUUUCCACUUUUCCGUAACAACUCUGGAUGUUUUUGAAGGCCUUAUAGCUGAUGGCCCACCAUUUACAUCUGAGAAUCACAGAAUGCAGUAAUAUUUUAAUACUACGUGACUUGUAGACCGAAACGAAAUGAGUGGACUGAUCAAGCUAACAAUUGAUACUUGAUAUACAAUGAACUCUUUAUUCAAUU